CUCUAUGAAUGCAAUCAAUGUGGGAAGGUCCUCAGCCAUAAACAAGGACUCAUAGACCAUCAAAGAACUCACACCUGGGAGAAACCAUAUGAAUGUAAGUGUGGGACAGUUUUUAGCCAAAAGUCCCACCUCGUUGUACAUCAGAGAACUCAUACUGGAGAAAAACCUGAGUGUGUUCAGUGUGGCAAAGCUCAUGGUCAUAAGCAUGGCCUCACUGACCAUCUAAGAAUUCACACUGGAGAAAAGCCCUACGAAUGUAAUGAAUGUGGGAAAACCUUUAGACACAGCUCAAACCUUAUGCAACAAGUAAGAUUUCACACAGGAGAUAAACCUUCUGAGGGUAAGGAAUGUGGCAAAUCCUUUAGAUAUAAUUCAUCUCUUACUGAACAUGUGAGAACACACAUGGGUGAAAUACCAUAUGAAUGUAAUGAAUGUGGCAAAGCUUUCAAGUAUAGUUCAUCCCUCACUAAACACUUUCGAGUUCAUACUGGUGAGAAACCAUUUGAAUGUAACGAAUGUGGGAAGACUUUCAGCAAAAAGUCACACCUGGCUAUACAUCAAAGGACUCACACGAAGGAGAAACCUUAUAAAUGCGAUGGGUGUGGAAAAGCCUUUGGACAUAGUUCAUCUCUUACUUACCAUAUGAGGACUCACACAGGUGAUUGUCCCUUUGAAUGCAAUCAAUGUGGGAAAGCCUUCAAGCAAAUUGAAGGCCUUACUCAACACCAGAGAGUUCAUUCUGGGGAGAAACCCUGUGAAUGUACUGAAUGUGGGAAAGCUUUUAGUCAAAAGUCACACCUCAUUGUCCAUCAGAGAACUCACACGGGCGAGAAACCCUUUGAAUGUUAUGAGUGUGGAAAAGCAUUCCCUGCAAAAUCACAGCUUGUUAUACAUCAGAGAUCCCACACUGGAGAGAAACCCUAUGAAUGUAAUGAAUGUGGUAAAGCCUUCAAACAAAAUGCCUCUCUUACCAAACAUAUGAAAGUUCACUCAGAAGAGAAAUCUCACAAGGAAAAUUAA